AGGGCCUAGCGCCCCGCCCCCCGGCUUGAGCGGCGCCUGCUCGCGGGGAGUGGGGGCACCGGCAUGGCCGCGGUGCGGGACGUAGAGAUCGACCCUGAGGGCACGUUCAAGUACAUCCUGGUCCGUCUGCAGCGCCCGGGCGGUCAGGAGCCGCGGGACAUCGUCCGUGGCACCAAGGCAGCCGAGUUCCAUAAUCAUAUAUUUGAAAAAGUAAAUCCUGAGAUGGAAAAGCUGGGAUAUGAGUGCAAGUGCCUUGGAGGAGGGAAAAUUGAUCAUAAUAACAAGGAGAAGAAAAUUAGGGUAUUUGGGCUCUCGACAGGCUAUGGAAAAGCAGAUCAUUCAGUGACUGUGGAGAUACUGAAAAAAGCAUAUCCAGAUUAUGAAAUUACAUGGUCAGAUGAAAAGAAAUAAAUUGGUAAUUUAUGUACACAACAAAAACUGGUAACUCUGCGAGCUGUACUUUAAUAAAUAAAAUCAAAUGUCUUCU